AUGGCCGAAGGCGGGGCAAGCAAAGGUGGUGGAGAAGAGCCCGGGAAACUGCCAGAGCAGGCAGAGGAGGAAUCCCAGGUUUUGCAUGGAACUGGCCACUGUAAGUGGUUCAAUGUGCGCAUGGGAUUUGGAUUCAUCUCUAUGAUAAACCGAGAAGGACGCCCCUUGGAUAUUCCAGUCGAUGUAUUUGUACACCAAAGCAAACUUUUCAUGGAAGGAUUUAGAAGUUUGAAAGAAGGAGAACCAGUUGAAUUCACAUUUAAGAAAUCUUCCAAAGGCCUUGAAUCAAUACGGGUAACGGGACCAGGUGGGAGCCCAUGUUUAGGAAGUGAAAGAAGACCCAAAGGGAAGACACUACAAAAAAGAAAGCCAAAGGGAGACAGGUGGAGACGGCAGGAUUUACUGAUGGAUCAGAUGUGGACUGUGAGAGAAGAAGAGUCCAGGAUGUCUCCAAGAUGCUACAACUGUGGCGGCCUUGACCAUCAUGCUAAGGAAUGUAGUCUACCUCCUCAGCCAAAGAAGUGCCAUUACUGUCAGAGCAUCCUGCACAUGGUAGCAAACUGCCCACACAGAACUGUUGCCCAGCUGCCUGCCAGUUCUCAGGGAAGACAGGAAGUGGAGUCCCAGCCAUGCACUUCGGCUUCCCCUUCAGAAGUGGGGGUCGGGCGUGACUGUGCGUCACCAUCAUUUCCUCGGGAUGCCAGGUCAGAGAUCUCAGAAAGGUCAGGCAGGUCGCCUCAAGAAGCUUCCUCUGCAAAAGCAUCUGUCGCACCAGAAGAGCCAAACAAAAAGGGGCCUUCUGUCCAAAAAAGGAAAAAGACAUAA